AUGCUCGCUCUGAAUGACCGCGUUUUUGUCUUUCUAGGUGAAGUUGUGGAUGAAAUUAGCACGGCGGAGUCGCUGCAAUUUGAUUUCGGCACUAUUAGAGCGGCAACGGAUAACUUUUCUGAUUCCAAGAAGCUUGGACAAGGCGGUUUUGGUGCCGUUUACAUGGGUCAACUCUCCAACGGCCAGGAAAUCGCGGUGAAACGACUCUCACAAAAUUCCAGCCAAGGAGAAUUAGAAUUCAAGAACGAGGUCAUGUUACUAGCUAGGCUACAGCAUAGGAACUUGGUCAGGCUCCUAGGUUUCUGUCUGGAAGGAGUCGAACAGCUUCUCAUUUAUGAGUUUAUGCCCAAUUCGAGCCUUGAUCAGUUUAUAUUUGAUCCCCUGAAGCGUGCAAAUCUCAAUUGGGAUAGGCGUCACAAGAUAAUAAUGGGUGUCGCUCGAGGGAUGCUUUACCUACACGAAGACUCUCGACUUCGUAUCAUCCAUCGGGACCUCAAAGCUAGCAACAUUUUGUUGGACUCAGACAUGAAUCCUAAGAUAUCGGAUUUCGGUAUGGCAAGGCUGUUCGAGUUGGACCAAACUCGGGCAGAGACAAAUCGAAUCGUGGGGACGUAUGGAUAUAUGGCACCGGAGUAUGUGAUACAUGGAACUUUCUCGGUCAAGUCAGAUGUGUUCAGUUUCGGAGUGCUGGUUUUGGAGAUUGUGAGUGGUCAGAAAAACACUUUUUAUCACAUGGGCGAUGACAUAGAAGCCCUUAUAGGCUAUGUUUGGAAGAAUUGGAGGGAAGGAUCAAUAUCGAACAUCAUCGAUCCCUCUAUAAGUUCUGGCUCAAGUACUGAAAUUGCAAGGUGCAUCCACAUUGGUCUAUUAUGUGUCCAAGAAGACGUGGCUAGCCGGCCAACGAUGACCUCGGUCCUUCUCAUGCUUAAUAGCCACUCGGUCUCUCUCCAAGUGCCAUCGAGACCUGCACUCUUCAUGCACAGUGGCAUCGAAUUUGAUAUGCAUCGAAGCAAAUCAAACCAGCUCUCAAAAAACGAGGCCUUUAUGAUCGAGCCAUACCCACAAUAACCUUAGAAAAUGGGAGAUCAACGGGCCCUAUGUAUCAAUUUUUGUGUUUGUCAUGGUUUCCGGAUCAUCAAAAUUACAUUCUCAUGAUUUAAUACUUCCUCUAGAUUAUUGUGGAGUUAUAUGG